AUUUUGGUGAAGAGCUAAGCCAAACUUUCAAGCUGAAGGAGCCUAAAUACAGCACGUGUCACCCAUUGACCUCAAAGGGCUUGGCAAUCUAGAUAGGAGUGACCUGAAGAUGAAACCCUCUGCCACCUAUGAGCUGUUAGUGGACGGUAUUGGGCCAUGGGACUUCACUGGCAGUUUUGUUCCUUGUGAGCUGCUACUUGUUGGAGAGGAUGCCUACCCUAUACUUGUGAGCUCUAAGAAGCAGGUUCUGAUUGCCGUUUCACAGUAUGGGAAGGGCCGGAUGGUCGUUGUUUCCCAUGAAGGAAUCUUGAAGGACUCCAACUUUUCCCAGUUCCUCAGAAAUGCUGUGGAGUGGCUCAAGCCCUCGCCCGAGGCCCUGGUUGGGGUCCAUCCUCAUUUGGAUUCCCUCUCCCAGCUGCUGCUCCAGGCUGGCACCAAAGUACAGGCUGGGGCAGAGCUCAGCUGCUCCCUGGGGGUGUACUGUAUGGACGCCUAUGACAGCACACAGGCGAAAGACCUGGUUGGCUUUGUAAAGGGGGGUGGAGGGCUGCUCAUUGGAGGCCAAGCCUGGUACUGGGCUAGUCAACAUGGCAAGGAGAAGGUGCUGUUUGAAUUCCCUGGGAACCAGGUGACCAGCGUGGCUGGCGUGUACUUCACAGGAAACGCAGUGGAGAAAGGCAUCUUCAAAGUCUCCAAGAAAAUUCCUAAGAUCCCAUUAAUUGUCCCGCACCAGGCCAACCUCAGCCUUGAUGCUGAGUGUCUCCUGCGUGGUGUGUCGGAGCUGGAUUUGGUGACGGGGGGCGCGCCCUCCAUCUUGCUGGUGCACGGUGUACUCUCCUUCCCGCUCUGCCUGGACAGCUCGCACCGCUGCCUCUUAGCUGCGGCACGCUACGGCCAAGGCCGUGUCGUGGUGGCCACCCACGAGAGCCAGCUGUUCUCCCCAAAGCUGGCCAGAUUCCUGCUCAAUGCUGUCCGCUGGCUGGAUGCUGGGAGAAAGGGGCUGGUGGGUGUGGAUGCCAGCCUGAAGAAGCUGUGUAGCCUCCUCUCUCGGGAAGAGGUGAAGUCGCAGGUGUCGCAGCUGACGGGCGACAUCAGCGUCUACUGCUGCUCUUCGUACAGCGACAGAGAGGCCGAGAGGGUUCACGCUUUCGUGGCGGAGGGAGGCGGCCUACUGAUUGGGGGCCAGGCCUGGUACUGGGCUUCCCAGAACCACGGCAAAGCUGCUGUGGCACAAUAUCCUGGCAACAAAAUCCUGAACCGCUUUGGGCUGAGCAUCCUGGGGCAGAGCGUCCAGGCAGCGAAGCUCCCGGCCGUGGGGUCAGAGGAGCACUACCACUUCCGCAGGGCGCUCGCUCUUUUCAACGGGCACGUAGACAAGCGUGAGGAGCUCAAGGGCCCCUUGAAGGACUGGCUGCGAAGGCUAGCGCAAGACUGCGCUGCCUUUCUGCACAUCCCGGCCCACGACUGCCCGGCGUAUGCCUCGCUCCACCGCAUCCUGACCAAAGUGCUUCAGAGAAGUGGGAUCCCGCAGGUCAGCGGGCACUGCCCUGUCAAGAGCAACUCCAAAGAGGCAGUCCUUCUCUGCAUGGCGACCGAGCUGUCCCUCACCAUGACGGACAGUGCAGCCCUAGUGCAGAAGUCUGCCGCUGGGGUCUGUGCCCCCCCCAUCACUGUGGAAAUUGAUGGCACAAACCCAGGUAAGACAGCCUGGAGGAGUACAGGACUCUACCUCCCUGAAGGCCACACAGCAGUUAUAACAUUCCCUUGCCUGGUGGUCAGUGCUGGUCUGAAGGUGCAGAUUGGGUGUCACACGGAUGACCUCUCUCACGCCACAGAGCUGAAACGGGCCCCGGUGGUAAUACGUACCUGUGAUAUCGCCUGUCAGAAACAGUCUGUUUCCUGCCUCUGGGGUGGCCUUAUUUAUGUCGUAGUACCAGCAAAGAGUGUCCUGGGGAAAGUGCCCAUCACGGUGGAAGGGGCAGUCAGAGCUCCUUUCUUCAGGCUUGGGGAGACCUGUGAAAGCCAGUGGAAGGCCUGUAUCCGGCACUACCCUGCACCCUGGGCAGAACUGGCUGUUGAGAAUCUCAUCCUGACAGUGCCGUCUGACAGCAUCCGUCACAUGGAGAACCCACAGCCGCUGCUGACCCUGUGGAAUGAGAUCAUGGUGGCAAUAAGCAAAUUGGCAGCCAUACCAACAAAAUUCCCAAGGCCAGAGAGGAUUGUAACAGAUGUCCAGAUCUCAUAUGGCUGGAUGCAUGCUGGCUAUCCCAUCAUGGGCCACCUAGAUUCAGUGAAGGAGAUGUUAGACAUGAAGCACAUGCAAACUACUGGUCUUUGGGGUCCUGUCCAUGAGCUGGGACACAAUCAACAGCAGCAAGCAUGGGAGUUUCCCCCUCAUACCACAGAGGCCACCUGCAACCUCUGGUCUGUCUAUGUUCAUGAGAAUGUGCUGGGGAUCCCCAGGCAUCAGGCCCAUCAGGCACUUAGGUCACAGUGUCGGGCAGAAAGGAUAAGAGAGUAUCUGAAGAAAGGCGCUCAACUAAAGGACUGGGUGGUGUGGACUGCUCUGGAGACAUACCUGCAGUUGCAGGAAGGGUUUGGUUGGGACCCCUUCAUCCACCUCUUCUCUGAUUACCAGAAAAUGUCCACCACCCCAAAAGACAACCCUUCUAAGAUGAACUUGUGGGCACAGAAGUUUUCUCAGCAGGUGAACAAGAACUUGGCUCCAUUUUUUACAGCCUGGGGAUGGCCUAUCAAGAAAGAACUGUCUCUGGAACUGUCCUCUUUACCCAGCUGGAAAGAGGACCCAAUGAGAUCCUAUAGACCAUGAGGGAAAAAUACCUAAACCUUGAUUUUCAUAUUAGCUAUGGCCUAUCUUUUUCUCUUUGUGAGCUGCAUGAUAGCUCACUGGGUGCUUAGCUUUACACCAAAUUCUUUAGCUUCUUGCUGUCAAUGGAGGUCAACCCCAAUAGAAAUUCAACAGAAACUUGUGUGCAGAUCAGCAACCACCUAAGUGAUCUUCUGAAGGGUUAAAAAACAAAUGAGCUUUGUUCUGUGUUCUUUGCCUCAGGAGGAAUGUAAUUCUGAGUCAAUUUAGUUGCCACAGAACCUUUCUCUGACGAAAUGGAAGCUUUCAGGGUGGAGCAGUCACUGGAGUGGUCUCAAGGACAAUACCAAUAGAAUAUGGAUCUUUAAAGCAAAUAGUAGCCUCCACAAUGUUGUAUUCUUCAGUUAUUUUCUCAGUAACAGGAGAUUUUCACUAUGGUUUUGGUUACCUUAAAAUCCCUAAUUUUUAAUCGCUCUGAGUAUGCAGAACUUCCACACCUACUAUCAUGAAAGUGACCUUACAAUGCUUAUAUACAGCUUAUAUAAUACAUAGCUGAUACUGAAAUGCUGUAGAUUUCUUCCUAUGUUUGUAUUACUGUGUGGCCCAGCUUUAUGCGAGUAAGUCAGUUGUAAGUUGUAGCUGUCACUCUUACCAUAGCAUGACAGCAAGAUACAUGCUGUGCAAGAUGGGAGAGUGGAAACAAAGAGGUGACUUGAUUGUAGUCAGUAAUGGUUUAACUCAUCAAAGUCAUCAAAGGUUAAAAAAUAGGUGCUGACAUGAUAGCAUGAGGGAGCAGAGAGGAGGAGGACAACAAACAGUUCAUCAAGAGAGAGGACCAGCCUUUUCCAAGGAGCAACAGAAGUUAAUGUUUCUCCCACCUCAUUCAUAAUUGCUUGGCUAUUAUGGGGGCUGGCAGGCAUCUUAAUGCUUAGCCUAAUAGCAUACCAGUCCUAACCCAUUCCUGGUGU